ACAUGACUUUACUUUUGUAUACAAUGAAAAAACUCCAUUUACAUGUCCGUCUGAUGUUGUCUCCUUUGUCCUACUAACAUUGCUUCACACUGAAUUUUCUUGUAAGAUCACGCGAGAGAGAGUGAGAGAGCACCUACUACAACAUAGUACUUUGGUUGCUUGAAAUUGAUAGAGAAGUAACCCCUGUUUUGAUCUCUCCUCCUCCAUAGGGACAGAGGGUUCAAUAUUUUUGUGGGUGUUGAAGAUCUUCUCCUUACAGACCAAUUUUAUGCAGAUUAACCACUUGGGUACCCAAAAUGGAAGCUGCACAGAAAACCCAAGUUGUUGAUGUUAAUGAGGUGGAAGGAGGUGCUCGCCGGAGCUCCGGUGCUAACGACUGCUCAGAUGAGGAGGAGGAGGAGGAGGAAGAGAGCUUGUCAAGUCAUUCAGGAAGUACUGAGAUUGUCGGAGUCUCUGAUAAGGUGAAGGAAUCCUCUUCUGCAUCGGAGAUUGAUCUGGAAUGUGGGUUGCCUGAGAUUAAGGUACAUUCGGCAAUAGUUGAGAGAGAUUGCAGGAUCUGUCACAUGAGCUUGGAUGCAGGGAAUCAAGAGGAAGGGAUCCCAAUUGAGUUGGGUUGUUCUUGCAAGGAUGAUUUGGCUGCUGCACAUAAACACUGUGCUGAGGCUUGGUUCAAGAUUAAAGGAAACAAAACUUGUGAAAUCUGUGGAUCAACAGCGCGCAAUGUUGCCAAUGCAAAUGAAUCUGAUUCAACGGAGCUGUCGAACGAGGAAAGUGAUGUUACGGUAGCAACUGCUGGAGCUCUUCCAGCCCACCCAGUUCAUGACAACCGUAGCUUCUGGCAUGGCCACCGGUUCCUAAAUUUCCUUUUAGCUUGUAUGGUCUUCGCCUUUGUCAUCUCUUGGCUCUUUCACUUCAAUAUGCCCUGAUGAAAGGCUAGUAAGAAGGUUGUUACAUUUAUUAAAAUUAAUCAAGAAAAAAAAAAGUGAGCCUAAUGUGUCUUAAGCAGUUGUGCAGGUAGAUUCCUCUCUAUAGAGUUAAUUAGUUCUCUAUGUGUAUUCUGUUUAUAUCAUUAUAAUCAGAGUUUGGACAAGCUGUUUGUAGUUUAUGUCAGAUCUUCUUUCACAGUAUCAAUAUAGAAUCUAGAAUUACUGUAAUUUGAUCUGUUUUUCAGUGUUUGCAUUAACUAGUUUGUAGUUUGAGCGUACGUCGCGAGCCUGUGCAAUGCACGGGCGGGAUGAUGAUACUUAUAC